AUGGAUUGGAUAAUAUCUGAUGAGUUGGGGCUUACCGUGGGACACUUAGUGGGCUGGGGCGCAGCAUCAGCAAUGAUUGUAGGUGGUGUGGCACCAUACAUUCCACAAUAUAGACAAAUAAAAAAAACUCAAGAUGCUGAAGGAUUUUCUCUUUAUGUUUGUUUGACAUUAUUAAUAGCAAAUACUUUACGUAUAUUAUUUUGGUUUGGAAAAAGAUAUGAGUUGCCUUUGUUAAUACAGAGUAUUGUAAUGAACGCAACAAUGUUUGCUAUGAUCCACCUCUGUGUCACAGUGAGAAAAAAGAACCAAAUAAUCAGAGCAAGAGAUAGAAUAUUCACAGGUGCAAUAUUCAUGUUAUAUAUCCUAUUAUGUUGUGUGAAUGGAUCAGCUCAGCCUGAUGAAACUGCGCAUUGGCUGGGGCAGCGCAGCGGCAUAGUAGGUGGAGAGAAACCUCAUCGUUUCUAUGAUAUGGACACGAAAUAUUUCUGGGCGUGGACCGACUUCCAGAGUUAUGUAGACUGUAUGCUAGUUUUCUCGGUGCUAGGAGCGGCUAUAACGUACCUGUUAAUAGAAUUCUCGCCGUUCGUAGAGCUGAUUGGCUUCCUCGCGGUAUUCACUGAGGCUAUGCUUGGUGCUCCUCAGAUAGCCAAAAACCAUCAGAACAAAAGUACUGAAGGCAUGAGUGUAAGCAUGGUCAUAAUGUGGACGUGCGGAGAUGUGUUCAAGACUGCAUAUUUCGUUAUAAGAGAAGCUCCUACACAAUUUUGGGUGUGUGGAGCCCUACAAGUUUUGUUAGAUAUUGUUAUACUAUUCCAAGUGUGGCUGUACCGUCACAAUACCGCGGCGGCGCGUCGACUGCGGCGUGGCGAC